CCGAAAGACGGAAAAAACUAGCUACACCCUGAUCAAAAUGGAUGCUUCUACGUCAUCAUCCAAACAAGGCACAACAGAGAUUGUGUUCUUUGACAUAGAAACAAAUGUACCCAAUAGAGCCGGACAAAGGUUCUGGGUUUUAGAGUUUGGUGCAAUUGUAGUUUGCCCUCAGAAGCUUGUUGAGCUGGAAAGUUAUAGCACGCUCAUUAGACCGGGGGACUUGUCUGCUGUGGCAUUGAGGUCUGGCCGGUCCGAGGGGAUCACACAGGAAACUGUUGUAGAUGCACCCUUGUUUGAGGAAGUUGCCGAUAAGAUAUUCAGCAUGUUAAAUGGCAGGGUGUGGGCGGGCCACAACAUUCGAAGAUUCGAUUGUGUUAGGAUUAAGGAGGCCUUUGCAGAGAUCGGUAGGCCUGCACCUCAGCCAGUUGGGAUGAUUGAUUCUUUAGGUGUGUUAACUGGUAAGUUUGGAAGAAGAGCUGGAAAUAUGAAGAUGGCAACAUUGGCAUCAUACUUCAAUCUUGGGCAGCAAAAGCACAGGAGCCUUGAAGACGUAAGGAUGAACCUGGAGGUCCUCAAGAACUGUGCAACCGUGCUCUUUUUGGAAGCGAGCCUCCCCGGUGUAUUAAAUGGAAACUGGCCUGGCUCUUCAACGAUCACAACGCGGAGUAGAAGUAGCGGGAAAUUGCCAUGCAGAGAAGAAACUAGCCGCAAGUCUCCAACAACUACUGCUUCUAUUGGUUCUCAUAGAGCUGUUCCAUAUGCCUCAAGGGGGGGCUUGGCAAAGAUGACUGAAAGGGUAAAGAAUCUGUUGUGUAGAGCCCAAGGAAAUCAGCCUCUUAACAACAUCCUCAAGCAUUCUCAUUCCCUACUACGGUGAGACCGCGAAGGAUGUCCAUUUCAACAAGUUGCAGAUGACCUCUUGGUAAACUGCCUGCCAUCAAAAUCACAGAAAGGGGAAUUAAGAAGCUUUUGUUAAAGAUGUUUGCCUUUCAGAACUUAGGGAGGAAAAUAAAUUAGCAAACAAUAACAACAGCUUAACCUUCGAUUAAUUGAUUCAACCUUUUUUUUAUUUUUUAUUUUUUAUUUUUUAAAUGAAGACCAUAGUCACCCUAUUCUGCCCUUUU